CGCCGGCGUCUCUCCUCAGUUCACCUGUGCCGCUCUCACUGGGGAUCACCAAUUAAACAGUCUGCGCUGCUUCAGUUUCACGGAAACAACAAAAAGAUGUGGAGGCGACAGCAUGCUCUCCUUCGCCGCAUCUCACCUCUCAACCCUCUGGCCGCGUGGCCUGCUAGCGGGAUCGAAUGCUACUACGCCACCGCGGCGCCUGAGGGCAGGAAGGCAAAGAUGGCGCCUUUGCAGGCAAGGGGCAUGGUGGAUAGGUUCCAUUUGCGUGCCAAGGGUGGUGAUGGCGGCAAUGGCUGCAUCAGUCUUCGGCGCUCCAGAUCAGAUCGCCAGGGCAAGCCUGAUGGAGGUAAUGGAGGAAGAGGUGGCGAUGUCAUUCUUGAGUGUUCAAGGUCUGUCUGGGAUUUCAGUGGUUUGCAGCAUCACAUGAAAGCAAGCCGAGGAGGCCAUGGAGUUUCAAAGAAUCAGAUUGGGACAAGAGGUUCUGACAAGAUUGCUCAGGUACCAGUAGGCACUGUUAUUCAUCUAGUCCAAGGAGAGCAACCUUCUCUUGCUGUAAAUAAGCCAACAAGAGCUCUAGAUCCCUGGGACAUCCCAGAUGCUGUUGAACACUCACCAUUCAGCUCCAGUCAUAUUGGCAGCAAGAUGAUGAAAGGUCUGGACAGCAGCCAAUCCAAUCAACAGAUUUCUUCCAAGAAGAGCUCUGAUGCAAAUGAACGUGAAAGAGGAAACAGAAAUCAUCGUGGAAAGGAAACAUAUUCCAUUACUGAGUUUGUGCACACUGAAGAUUUUGAUGGUAUUAGUUGUACACAACAGGUGGAGACAGAUGAAAAUGAUCAAUCUGAUCAUGAGGAUGAAGAAUUCUGGGAGGAUGAUGAAUUUUGGGAGGAUGAAGACAAAUUGGACAAGGAGGAGGUAGCGGAGGAAAAGAGGGAGGAAGAAGAGGUGCGGUAUAGUGUUGCUGAAAUGACGAAGCCUGGGCAGCAGUUGAUCAUAGCAAGAGGAGGAGAAGGUGGACUAGGGAAUGCUUGUAUUCUCAAGGAGAUGUGGCUGUCCAAAUCACAUAGGCAAGAGGAGAUGGCUAGCUUGAGUACCGGACAGCCAGGAACUGAGACCUAUCUUAUCUUGGAACUGAAGAGCAUUGCUGAUGUUGGGCUCGUUGGUAUGCCUAAUGCUGGAAAGAGCACAUUGCUGACCGCUCUCUCUAGGGCUCGCCCAGAGAUAGCUGACUAUGCAUUCACCACCCUAAGGCCCAAUGUUGGUAGCUUAACCUAUGAGGACUACUUCUCAGUGAAAGUGGCUGAUAUACCCGGUCUGAUCAAAGGCGCCCAUGAAAACCGUGGCCUUGGCCAUGCUUUCUUGAGGCACAUAGAGCGCACAAAAGUUCUGGCUUAUGUACUUGAUCUGGCAGCCACGCUCAAUGGUCGUAAGGGUGUCCCGCCAUGGGAGCAACUGCGGGAUUUGAUCGUGGAGCUAGAGCAUUAUCAAGAAGGCUUGACGAAGCGCCCAUCAUUGAUUGUUGCAAACAAAAUAGAUGAAGAGGGAGCUGAUGCAAUGUAUGAAGAACUGAGGAAGAGAGUGCAGGGUGUUCCAAUGUUUCCAGUAUGUGCUAUCUUGCAAGAGGGAGUACCAGAUCUGAGAGUUGGUCUGAGAGACCUUAUGGAUGCCUCAGAUCCUGAGGGUAUUGAGUUGAGCAAAAUCAUGUUAGAUUAAGUUCAAUGUUAGAAUUUUUCCUUGAGAUGCUGAUACAGCGGGGGAACAGUUUUGGAAAAUUUCCCUCAGCAGUUCAUACAAAUGUGUUUCUUUUAUUUCUACUUGUUACUUAACGUAGGCAGGGCAUGUAAAAUAAACUAGUCAUAAAAUUAGUGCUU